AUGGUGAACAAGGCUGCGGUUGGUGAUGAAGCCAAAUCCAACAUACUGUACAAUGAGAGGGCCGACUUCGAGAGAGUGGUUAGUGUGAACCUGACGGAUGUUUUCUUAAGGACCAAGCAUUCAGCUCAGGCCCUUAUCCCAUCGCGAAGAGGAAGCAUCAUCAAUGUAGGAAGUUUCAGCUCAGGCGUGGGCUGGGUUGCGUCCCUUGCGUACACCAGCUCCAAGUACGACAUCAUGGAGCUCAAAAGGAGUGUGGCCACCGAGCUCGGACACGGGGUUCGCGUGAACUCUCUUCAAAAAAGGCAUUUAACCGAGGCUGCUUUGUUUUUGGGGAGCUACAAGUCCAAGUACAUUAGUGGCCAUAAUUUAGCAGUGGAUGGGGGCUUCACCACCAUUAAUACCACCUUUGGCUUAUGCGCUCGUGCUUAA